AUGACGUUUUUCGGGGCGGAAACGCAGGGGGCGCUGUUGGAGACCCCCUAUGGGCCCGUGUCCGUGUCUAUGGUGGGGACCCCCCGGCCCGGGCGCCCGGCGAUCCUCACCUUCCCCGAUGUGGGGCACACGAGCUCCUCGUGCUUCGGGCCGCUCUUCGCGCACGAGGAGAUGCGGGACCUGCUCCGGAGCUUCCUGGUGCUGCACCUGGAGCCGCCGGGAAUGGAGGCGGGGGCGGCGCCCUACCCCCCCGGGUACCAGUACCCAUCCAUGGAGCAAUUGGCCUCGAUGCUGCCGGGCAUCCUCCAGCCCCUCCACAUCAACAGCAUCGUCGGCAUCGGGGUUGGAGCCGGAGCCUUCAUCUUGGCCAAGUUUGGGCUGCUGCACCCAGACUUAGUGGAGGGGCUGGUGCUGGUCAACAUCGACCCCAAGGCCAAGGGCUGGAUGGACUGGGCAGCACACAAGCUCUCGGGUCUGACGACGUCCACCACUGAGAUGAUCCUGGGCCACCUCUUCACCCAGGCAGAGCUGGCGGCCGCCCCCCCCUAUGUGCAGCACCUCCGGCAGCGCCUUGAGGCCGGCACCAACAGCGCCCACUUAUGGGCCAUGUACAGCAGCCGCGGGGACCUGGGGCUGCAGCGCAGCGGGGCCGGGAGCCUGCGGUGCCCUGUCCUAUUGGUCGUCGGGGAUGAUGCCCCCCACGUGGACGCGGUGGUGGAGUGCAAUGCCAAGCUGGACCCAACCCAGACCUCCUUCCUCAAGAUGGCGGACGGAGGGGGCCAGCCCCAGAUCACGCAGCCAGCCAGGCUGACCGAAGCCUUCAAGUACUUCGUGCAGGGAAUGGGCUACAUGGCGGCCUCGGCUAUGACGCGGCUCUCGCGCUCCCGUACGGCCUCGGUCUCGAGCUCCACGUCCGGGGAGGGGGAAAGGGGGCGGAGCCGGACCCUGUCAGGGGGCAGCGUCGGGGGGGGACCCACGGCCCCACAGUGA